AUGGCCAUGUUGUUCUUCCAUGCCCUUUUGGUGACAUUGGGCUACGGAUUUGAUGAUUUUUCCCAGCAUUGGGAAUGUGUGGCGCAACGGCCGUGCUCUCUGCAGUUGGGCAACAGCCACGUGUCGCCAGAGGACCUGCUUGUGUUCACCGAGAGGAUCGAGAACGUGAACCUUGUCUCAAGCUGUCCUACUUGUCACAAAGCAGACGAUGGCUUGUGCCCCUGGCUGACUAUGGACACAGGCGCCGUCGACGUGGUUCUUUGCGCAGAUGGCAACUACAACAGCCGCUGGGCAUGUGAGCUCAAUGGCCAUGGUGGCCGCAUCCUAUGUCCGCCGAAUACCACCAUGUGCUCAAAUAAGGCAUGUGGAGGGGGACUUGACCACUGUUGUGAUCCAGCUGUCCCAGACAGAGAGCUGAUUUGCAUUCACUCUGGUGGUCCCCGGGCUUGUCCUUACAUUAGCAUCCAGGAGGACAUUGCGGACAUUGUCUUGAAUGCCACGCAUGGUCCUCGGAGUCCGGGUGUGUAUGGCAUUUGUCGCUGCAGCCCGGCCCAGUUUGCAUCCCAGACCGAAGCUGACCUCAUCGGCAAGUUGCACAUUCGUGGGCCUGCGCCCGAUAAGAUGCACCAGUGCGUGUCCGGACAGAGUAAAUGCCGCUUCUCGAGCCCUGGUGGUUUUGGACUUGUGUCGCUGGAGACUUCCGUCGUGCAGGUGACGACUGCACCAACCUGCUCAGCAGUGGCAGAUACCCCCGAAAUCUUCGUCGAGAAUUUCCGUUUCCGAUGGAACAAGGAUUGGAGCAAUCCCUACAUUCAUGGCCAGGACAUCGCGACCGUGGGCCAGUGGAUCUCUGAAAGGAGCCCAGGGGUGUACAACUUGUGUUGGUGCGAGAAUAACACGGACAAUGCCUGUGAGUCGCUCUCUGACUUCAACGUUUCAGCUGGAAUGCUCAGCUUACGGGGACCCAAUAAGCAGACUAUGAGGACUGCGACCCUUGGUGAGGAGUUUCAACUCACCGUCUCCGGUGUGUGGAUGUCGGCAAAGAGUGUAAUGCGACUUCAACGUGGCUGCGGUCAUGGUUUCGAUGCCUUCUACGAGGCUCAGGCUGGACUGACGCUGGGCUCGGACUUGUCCUACAACUUCGGCACUCUCACCGAAGCCAGGAUACCGGCCGGCAAGUACAAGCUGUGCUGGUGCCAGCCGCAAUAUCAAAACACCCCUAUGUCCACCUGCACCGAGGCGCAGGAGUUCCUCACCCUGGUCGCAGAUGUCAGCGUGAUCUGCCCCCGUGGUGAGUACAGUGUCAACUUCGAACCGUGCAGCCGUUGCCCUUAUUUUUGGCAGCAGCCGAGCAGGCUGCGAGAUGCUUGCGUCUUCAAUGAUGCUACCAACUUCCUGAUCGUCAUGACAAUCGGGCUGUCCUAUCUCUGUGGCUGGGUUAUGCUGUGGUACGAGAUUGGCCUUCUGCUUGAGCAUGAAGGCGGGCGUCGCCGUUUGAGCGUGGCAGGCAGGAAGGUGCGCAUUGAGGAUAUCUCUUCGUGCCCGUCCAAGCACGGUGAGUGGUCUGCAGUGAUCACGACCACUGGACUGCACAGAUUCUCAGAUCGCUUCGGAAGCUUCCCCGUCUAUUUCUACCAGACAGGUCACCAUCUCCUGGAUAGGUUGAACGGCAAGGACUACUUCUACCGUGUGCGUGUUCUUGGUAGCCGAAGCUUGCAGCUCUUGGAUAAGUUUGGCAAGCCGGUGGAGUGUGCGGACACCAGCCAAGGCUACUUUGUGCUACGCUACGUGCGCUCUGUCGUUCACACCGAUAUCCUGCCACACGUGCCAGUGGCCGUAGCGGCGCCCAUAUUGAUUUGCUGCGCGCCACCCUUGAUUGUGCUCUUAAGCGAGGAGUACCAAAUACCUUACAAUCAUUCCUUCGCCUUGGCUUCAGCGAUCACGGUGUGCAUAUUGGCUUUUAUGAUAUCCAGGAUCCUAAGCUUUUGCAGGCAGAAGCAGUCACCAAUCUGGUACUCUCUAGCACGCUUCCAGGAAAAGCUGCGCGCAUCAAAUCCGUGCCCUACAGCCUGCAGCAAGGGACCUGAUCGAGCACUGACAGCUUUCCAGAUCUUCGACUUCAUGAACGAAUUUCAGCAGUAUAUCAGGGAUCGGAAUCUUUACUAUAUCGACUCGAACAUCGUUCGUCCUUUGACCUCUGCCCUGGAGCUAUCCUUGGCGGAACUUCUCGGGCCCUCUCGCGUUGCCUGGUUCGUUUCUCACUAUUGGGGCACAAAGUUUGCGUACACUUGCGAUGCUUUGAAGCGGCAUGCCCAGACAGCAGCUGCUUCUGAAGACGGCGAGUCCUGGCAGUUCAUCUCAUACUGGAUCUGCGCCUUCAGCAACAACCAACAUCGGAUUGAGGAGGAGCUUGGCAUGACUCACUACGAAUCUUCUUUCUACCUGGCCUUGCACAGCCCCGCUGUUCAGGGUACCUGCAUGAUUCUGGACGAGCGGGCGCUUCCCCUUACCAGAUCUUGGUGCCUCUUCGAGCUACUGCAAACGAUGAACCUCAAGAAGAGGCGCAGCAGUUUCAAGGGACUGCAGUUUUGCACGAACACCGGCGUCGUGAAUAUUGGCCGGGCCACCACGGAGGUGGCGCUCAACAUCGGCAAGCGCCUCGCGGAGCUGUCCUUGGCCAACGCAGAGGCCACGCAGCCCGAGGACCAAGACACCAUCAGGUCCUUGGUGAUUGAGGAGAUGGGUAGUUUCGAAGAGAUUGACAAGGUUCUGCGCGCUAACAUCAAAGUGGCCCUGGAGGUGUCGAAGAAGUGCAUCGAAGAUGACUUCGACCGACUUUUCCACAGUCUUGCUCGCAGUGCCCAUAGGGCCACGUACGUGAGCUUGUAA